AUGGGAAACGGUCAGAUAAACCUGGGACCCAGCUUACUUGAGGAGAGUCAGAGAGGUAUGUCCUUAGAGGGCAACCAAACCUUCUGCCCACACACUUGGCUCCACUUUGUGACCCACUGGUCUGUGAUUACUUGCUUUGGAGCAAUGAGAGGGAGAAAGAUUGAAGUGCAAGAUUUAUGGCAAAUACGACAUUACUGGUCUACAGUAAACAAAAGCAGUCAAAACAUUAAUCAUACAAAGGUCAGAGCGAGAAGUUGGGGGCCCUCUGUGCCCCUCCAUCUGACUACAGCAGUUGUAAGGAGACAGGACUCACAGAGUUCACAGUCACGUAUUCGGCGAGUUCCGGAUGAUGUGUUCAGUGGAAAACUAAAAUGGCAGAGAUGGGAAGGUGUCCUGCCAAGUGGAGCAGUUAGCAUAAAAAAUGACUACACCAAUCGAAUCGACUAUGUCUGUCAUUUUGACUGUGAGGCAGGUUUCUACACCCCAAGCAAAGGUCCAUACUGCUACUUUCCAUAUGCUGACAAAGAGCUCCAAAGUGAACUGUUUGAAUUCUUGGAUAAUGAAGAUAAUCAUGAGAUUUUUGAAUGGAAAGAUGGAUCUUAUGGCAGUGUGCCCGAGAAUGCUGUCUCGACAUGUAAAGGGGUCAGCAACUAUGUUGGCAAGAAUCGAUAUGGCCUUGGAAAGGUUGUUCCUCAGUUUACAGCCUUCUUCCUGCCCUGGGAGGGUUAUGAGUACUGGUACAAAUACUACCAGGUUCUGACCCUCAAAAAGGAUGCCCAAAUUUAUCACGUCUCUUUUGCUACAAGCCAUUAACUGCAUGGUGGUAACAGAAUAAGGUAUCUGAGUUACCAUUAGUGGAAACAAAAACUUUUAUUUAUUGUUUCCACUAAUGUAUGAAUGCAGUAACAGCUGAUAACAUAAAUUUAGGUGUAUAUUCUCGAGUGAUGGAAAACAAAGCUAAGAAAUAUUGGUGGACAAACAUUAAAAAAAAUAAAAAUAAGAUUUCUAGUUCCUGAUUAAAGCUAAAAAAAAUUAGACAUUGCUGUAGGUUUAAAUGAAUUCUUUUAUAACCUAUUGAAAUCUGUAAUAUUUUAUAGAUCACUAUGACACUUAUGAAACAUAAAAUUGAAAUCUCAUAAGUUUUCUUUAUUUUGUACGUUUCACUUAUUCAAACUGAAACUACACAUUUAAUAAAACUCUAAAAUGUCAGAUAGAGUUUAAUAUCUAUGAAAAUUUCAGUCAGACAGAUGUCUGUGAUAGAAUGCUGCUGUGUAUUUAAUGUCAAAUAAGAUAAUUUUGAGAUCUUCAUGGUAGUCAACUCAGCUUGGUAAGACUUUUUACUGAAAUGACUGUUCUCUGAUUUAUUACCAGGUGAGGGCGCCACUCUCCAUAAUUUCAUAAAUCUUAUCCCAACACCAGUUUGAUGUGAAAAACAGGGAGUUCAUAUUUAUUGCACACUUGAAGAGAUAGUUCACCCUAAACUGAAAAUCAUUUACUCACCCUCAUGCCAUCCCAGAUGUGUAUGACUUUCUUUCUUUUACAGAACACAAAUGAAGAUUUUAAGAAUAAUAUUUCAGCUCUGUAGGUCCAUACAAUGUACUGUAGGUGAAUGGGUAC